UCAGUUUCAGUUUUCUUAGAAUCGUCUGCUACAAAUUGUAAAAUUUUCAUGGAUUAUUGUUUUAAAAUAAAGAAAAAAUAAUGGACUUUGAAAGCCCUGAUGUUGAAAAGGAGUUUCCAGGACUUUAUGCAUCUGAAUCAGCACGGAAGAGUAACGAGAGUGAUUUUAGCGAUGAAGGUGGACACGAGAAGCAUUCGAAGAAAGAUCUUCUUGGGGGAAAGCGAAAGGAUAAAAAAGAUAAGAAAGACAGAGGUUAUGCUACUUUAGAGGGUGAAAGUUCACCAGAUGAGGAUCAAGAAACAAAGAGUCCUUCAAAAUAUAAAAAAACCAAAGCCUUUAAGUUUCCGACAAAAAAGGAGAAACGCGAAAAGUCUCGAGAAAAAGAUGGAAAAGAGAAAGAUUCGGAUAAAGACAAGAAGAAAAAAGAUAAAGAUGAAAAGGAUGGUGAUAAAGAAAAGCGAAAAGAUAAGGAAAAAUCAAAACAAAAAGUGAAAGAUCGCAAAAAAGGAAAACAUGGAGAUGAAUGUUUAGAUAUCGGUGAAGAGCAGCCAAUAUUUGGUGUUAGUUUGCAUUUAGCAGUUGAAAGAAGUCGUUGUCACGAUGGCGUAGAAUUGCCAUUGAUCGUUAGGGAUUGUAUCGAUUUCGUUGAAGAACAUGGAAUGUCUGUUGAAGGAAUUUACAAAGUUCCCGGAGUAAAAUCGAAAGUUCAAAAUUUAAAAAAAAUGUAUAAUCAACGUGAUCCUGUAAAUAUUGGAGAUUUUGAACCCACAGUUGCUGCUAGUUUAUUAACUUUAUUCUUAAGAGAACUACCAGAACCUGUAUUGGAAACCAGUGAAAUUAUAUCACGUUUUGAACAAGCAGCUUCUACCAAAGAAGUUGCUCAAAGAGAAUCACAAAUUGCGGAAUUGACACAACAAUUACCUGAAUGCAAUCGAGUUCUUCUUGCCUGGGUUAUUUUACAUUUGGAUCACAUUACAAUGUGUGAAAAAACUACAAAAAUGAAUGCUCAAACAAUUGCAAUGACAUUGAGUCCAGUUUUACAAAUGAGCCAUCGAUUGUUGUUGGCUUUAUUGUUUCAUUGUAAGGCUCUAUUUCCCAAUAUUCAAUUAUCAAAAUACAUUCCUCCACUUUCGGCUGGAAGCACUUGUUUGCCCGAUAUGGCGGAAAGUAUAGCGGCCGAAUUGGCGAAACAAGAAUCUUUACUUUCACAAAUUCACAUGCAAAUGAAUGCCGGUUUUGUGACAAAAUCAAGAGAAGAACAAUUAUGGGAAGUUCAGCGUAUGAUUACACAAUUGAAGAGAAAAUAUAAAACGGUCCAAAAAUUGGAGGGUACAAUUCAAAAAAGUAUCGACGAAGAAACAAAAUCUAAUGAUGAAAUCAAUGCAGAAAGUAAGCAAUUAAAACCAAAUUCAGAAGAUGAUACAAGGCAGCAAAAGUCACAAAUACAAAUUCAAUCUGAAACUGUUUCAAAACUUAAUAAUCAAUCAAGAAAUAUUGAUAUUUCAAAAGAAAGUAGAUCAGGAUUAAUAGAUAGUAAAGCAUCAUCGGUGGAUAAAGAUACAGUCGAUCAUGUCGAAUCAGGCUCAAUUAGUCAAGUUAAUGUUACUCAAGAAUGCAGCAAAUCAGAAACGAAUGUACAAGUACCAGAACCUGUAGUAGAAAAUCCACUUGACAAACUACGUGAAAGUUUAAUACACGAGGAACUAUUGAAUAUGAAGACAUCAUUAAAGACAAGAUUAAUUCAAGAGAAACUUGAAAUUGAAAGAUUACUGGAAAUGAUUGCAGAUCGAGAAAGUAAAGAAAUAAAAUUAAGAGACAAAAAUCAUACACCCAAUGAUCUUGAUGUGGCAGCUAUUAUUCAAAUAACAAGCGAAAAUCAAUUACUAGAGAAAAAAAUGACAACUUUAAUUCGCAGCAUUGUAGAAGAAAAGGAUGCGUGUGUUGAAUUACGCGUUCAAUUAGCAUUACAUCAACUAAUGUUAAAAAAUAAUGUAAAUAAUAUUAAACAAAUUUAAUCCUGUGCCUGAAAAACAAAACAAAAACAAAUUAACUUAUAAAAUAUUCCUG